CAGUAUAUAAUCUCGCCACUUAGCUAUCCAGGUCCGGCAAGAUUGCUGGCGAGAAGAAUAAAGCCUGUUGAUAUUUGUGCUUUGCUUUAAUCAAUUCCUUAGUGUGCCCGCUUCCGAGUUUCUGGUAUAUAUAAGCAGAUUAAUUGUCUCCAUAAACCAUUGUACCUUGAACACAGAUGCCAAGUUCGUCAAUGCUUGAGAUGCUCUUCUUUCUUUCUCCGAGUAGAUAUCCCCUCCUUCGGGCUCUCUUGGUUCUGCCAUUAUCUUCGAAGCCAAGACAUCAUCCGAAGAGUCUUAUUUGCGAUGUAUACGCCUCCUCUUCUUGUGUCAACGUAGACACGGCAGAUGGAAAGCCUAAGUUCUGUAUUUGGCCAUUGUGCAGCUUUUAUAUAGCCAUAAUGCCGGCCAUUUCUGCAUACCCGUGGUCAACAUGCCCAUCCAUUCGCAGGAAUUCGGACAACUCUCCGAAACACUCUUGCUUCUCGACUUCGAACGCUUUCCAGGCUGCCACACAUUCCAUGUAUCGAAAUAGCAACAAACUGCCACAUUUAUAAUUCAAGAAGGACAGGACACAGUACUCGCUGCCAAUCCAGACAUGGCACAGUGAUAUGACAACAG